GUAACUAAUCACUACUUUUCUCAAAUUAUUAUUACGAGUGUCGAUUGUUUACAAUUUUCGUUAAAAAUAAAUUUUAUUAAAAAUGUCUAAAGUUAAGAAAAUGAAAAUGUUAAAAAAUAUAGUAGAUAAAGUAGAUCAUAGUUCAAAAUUAAAAACAAACAUUUUAGCUGGACUUGCUUCGCCGAGUCCACCUCUUGGCCCUCAACUUGGACAGAGAAAUAUAAACAUAGCCGCUUUUUGUAAAGAUUUUAAUGAAAGAACAAAAGAUAUAAAGGAAGGAAUUCCGUUGCCCUGCAGAAUAAAAGUAAAUUCAGAUCGUACUUAUGAAUUGGUAAUUCAUCAACCCCCAGCAGUUUAUUUUUUAAAACAAGCUGCUGGCAUACAAAAAGGAACCGGCAAACAUAAGGAACAUUGCUCUGGUAAAAUAACAUUGAAACAUUUGUAUGAAAUAGCAAAAAUCAAAUCUGAAGAUCCUCCAUUGGCACUGAUGACUUUAGAGCAAAUUUGUCAAAUGAUGGUAGGUAUUGCAAAAUCCGUGGGUAUUAAAAUUGUUCGUGAUUUGGAUGCAAAUGAAUAUAAAGAAUUCUUAAUAGAACGAGCAAAAGUUGUAGCCGAAGAGCAACAAAAAUUACAAGAAAUUAGAGAAGCCAAAUUAUUAAGAACUGCAUAAAUAGUAAUUAUUAUUAUUAGAAUUUUUUUUCUAGUACAUUUUUCAUUUUUAUGAAACUCUGGUUUUGUAAAAAAAAAGUGAAAAAAAAAAUCUGUAAAUAUAUACUAACUAAAAAUGAACGAUUUUUUCUUUAUACAAACACAAUUUAGUUGACUUUGAUUAAAUAUAAAAUUUUAAGUCACAGGUAUGGAAAAAAAACUUAACAUGAAAUUAAUUUUAACUAUUUAUUUUUAAAAUCAUUUAUUACAAAAAGAAUUUACAAUCUAUUUAUUAAUCGCACAGUAUCAUAUCACAAUUACAAUUAUAAAAUUAAAAAACUCUGAAAAUAAAAAAAAGAUUAAUUUCUUGUUAACGAUAACUUUUAUUAUAUUUCAACAUUUUAAAUAGAAAUGUACUUCUUUAAUAAAUUAAGAAACAUAAUUUUUUUAAACUUAACAAAUCUUGAUGAGUUAAUUAAAAGAAAAAAGAUAAAAUAAAUUUUUUAUACAAGUAAAAAUUACUUUUUUGUAUUUGAAUGUUGCAAAUUAUUUCUUUGAAUGUGAAUUAUUAAAUAUUUCUUUUUAAAUAAAUUUUUUUCAUUUUUGUUGAAUUAGAACUGAAUUAAAUAUUUCUUUUUAAAUAAAUUUUUUUCAUUUUUGUUGAAUUAGAACUGAAAAAUUGAAUGAUUUAUUAAAAAAAAUUAAUUUAAUCUUCCAGUGAUGUCCUUAGACGAGUUUCGUUUGUGACAAAAAAAAAUCUCUCGCUGCAAGAAAAAAUUUUUUUAGUAUCCCUCGCUGCAGAAAAAAAUCCUGUGUCCCACAAAGUCCCUCGCCGCAAAUAUAAAAAUAUUUUAGUAUCCCUCGCUGCAGGAAAAAAUCCUGUGUCCCACGAAGUCCCUCGCCGCAAAUAUAAAAAUAUUUUAGUAUCCCUCGCCGCAGUAAAAAAAAAUAUUCCUCGAUGUCCCUCGCUGCAGUCAAAAAUAUUUGUGUCCCUCGAUGUCCCUCGCUGCAGUCAAAAAAAUUCCUCAAAGUCCCUCGAUGUCCCUCGCUGCAGUCAAAAAAUUCCUCAAAGUCCCUCGAUGUCCCUCGCUGCAGUCAAAAAAUUCCUCAAAGUCCCUCGCCGCAGUCAAAAAAAUCCCUUAGUGUUACAUAAAGUCCCUCGAUGUCCCUCGCCGCAGUCAAAAAAUUCCUCAGAGUCCCUCGAUGUCCCUCGCUGCAUUUAAAAGAAUUUCUCCAGAGUCCUUCGUUAUCCCUCGCCGCAGUCAAAAAACUCCUCAGAGUCCCUCGAUGUCCCUCGCCGCAGUCAAAAAAUUCCUCAGAGUCCCUCGAUGUCCCUCGCCGCAGUCAAAAAAUUCCUCAGAGUCCCUCGAUGUC